AUGGCUGUGUACCAGCAGCCCCCUGGGGGCCACGAAACCGAGAGCCAACCCAGGAACCUGGGUCUGAGGGCUGGACCAGCCCCACACCAGGCAGCUGGGCGAGAAGAUGCCUUCCCCAGUCCUGGUUGGCCCCUGGCUGGCGCUGGCCCGACUCCAAUACCCAGGCCUGUGGCAGUGGGGGUGGGAGAGAAGGAACUUCCUCUGGAAGUGAAAGUGGCCAGCCGCCUCUCCAUGGCCCAUGGCAGCAGGUCAUGGGGGUGGUCUGGGUGGGCACCCCUCCUGUUGCAGGUGCUGCGGGCUCUGGCCAUGCUGUGCCUGGGAGCGGCGACCCUCACCUGCUUCCUGUGGCAAGCCCCCCAUCUGCCCCUUGGGGGCCAGGUGCACCCAGAAGGAGCAACCCCCCGGCCCCAGGGGUCUGCCGGCAGCCAGGAUGCCUGCAGAUGGCCACGCCCCACCGACACCCCGCCCACCGACGGCCACGCCCUCACCCGGCCACACCCCUCACACCCCCACAGGCUGGACCUCGUGGAGAGCAUUCCCCAGGACCUGGCGCUUGCUGCUGGCCAGCCGGCAGCCCGGCCCCUGGCCCAGGCCUGGUUGCAGCUGCUGGACGCCGCCCAGGAGAGUGUCCACGUGGCCUCCUUCUACUGGUCCCUCACAGGGCCUGAUGUCGGGGUCAACGAUUCCUCCUCACAGCAGGGGGAAGCCCUCCUGCAGAGGCUGCAGGAGCUGCUGGCCAGGAAUGUGUCUCUGGCCGUGGUGACCAGCAAGCCGGCGCUGGUCAAGGGCUCCACGGACCUGCAGGUGCUGGCGGCCCAAGGGGCCCAGGUGCGACAGGUGCCCAUGAGGCAGCUCAUCGGAGGUGUCCUGCACUCGAAAUUCUGGGUUGUGGAUGGCCGGCACAUCUACCUGGGCAGCGCCAACAUGGACUGGCGGUCCCUGACACAGGUGAAGGAGCUGGGUGCCGUGCUGUACAACUGCAGCCGCCUGGCCCAGGACCUGGAGAGGACCUUCCAGACCUACUGGGUGCUGGGGGCGCCGCAGGCCACGCUGCCCAGACACUGGCCUCAGAACUUCUCCUCCCGCAUCAACCGCUCCCACCCUCUCCGGGGCCACUUUGACGGGGUGCCCACCGCGGCCUACUUCUCGGCAUCGCCGCCUGCGCUCUGCCCCCGGGGCCGCACCCGCGACCUGGACGCACUGCUGGCCGUGAUGGGGAGCGCCCGGGAGUUCCUGUACGCCUCGGUCAUGGAGUAUUUCCCCACCUCCCGCUUCAGCCGCCCCCCAAGGUACUGGCCGGUGCUGGACACUGCAUUGAGGACGGCGGCCGUCAGUCGGGGCGUGCGCGUGCGUCUGCUGGUCAGCUGCUGGCUUCACACUGACCCCCGCAUGUUCCCUUUCCUGCGGUCCCUGCAGGCCCUCAGCGACCCGGCCGCUGGGGUCUCGGUGGACGUGAAAAUUUUCAUUGUGCCGGUGGGGAAUCACUCCAGCAUCCCGUUCAGCAGGGUGAACCACAGCAAGUUCCUGGUCACCGAGCAGGCUGCCUACAUAGGCACCUCCAACUGGUCGGAAGAGUACUUCAGCAGCACCGCAGGGGUGGGCCUGGUGGUCAGCCAGGAGGCCUCCCACGCCCCACCGGGGGUGGCCACCGUGCAGAAGCAGCUGCGCCAGCUCUUCGAGAGGGACUGGAAUUCUCCGUACGCGGUGGGCCUGGACAGCCAGGCCCAGGGCCAGGACUGUGUCUGGCAUGCCUGAGGGCCAACCUCCCCAGGUCUUGGUGGACAUGGCUCCCCACGCGACCCCCAUGUCCUUCCCAGCCUGGUCCUUCCCUAGCCUGGGCCUUGCUCAGCUCAUGGCGUUCUCCCCACCUCAGAGCCCAGCCUUGCCCAGGCGCCACCUGGCGGAGACACCCAGUCAUGCCUACCUGCUCUACCGCCCG